GAAUGACGCUGUGGACUGACAUCUCAGAGUUCGUCAGGUGUGAUCGGGACAGGAUUUCUGAUGUUGAUCUCGGAGGGCUUCCCCGACAUACAACAGAGGACAUCAUCAAGUUCAUCUGGUGUGAUUCAGGGAUUUACAGAGGAUUUAGCUGUUACCAACGGCCGUGGACCGUGAUAUGAACCUGAAAGUGUUGUGUCUGUGUCUCCUUCUUUUUGAAGCCUCCUGUUUCACCGAGUUUGAGAUUACUGUUCCCAGAGACACUGUCACUGGGUUUUACAGUGAGGAACUGAUCCUCCCCUGCAUGUUUCCUGUGGACAGUUCAUGGGAUCUGAGAAGCACUGUUAUUACCUGGCAGCGUGGACUGGAUGUUGUUCACAGUUUCUACUACAGCCAGGACCAGCUCGACCGUCAAAAUCUGCAUUACGUCAAACGCACCAGUCUGUUCAGUCAGGAGAUGACACAGGGGAACGCAUCACUCAAACUGGACAAAAUCACUCUUCAGGAUGCUGGUGUUUACACUUGCUCCGUCAGCACAAACACUGGCAGCCAGAAGAAGAGCUUUGGAGUGAAAAUUGCAGCAUUCUACUCUGAACCUCGUCUGCAGUUCUCAUUGUUAAAUGAUGGAGUGAAUCUGCUAGUGACUUCAGAUGGGGGUUACCCUUCUCCUACACUGCAGUGGCUGAUGGAGAACUCAGACAUCACUAACCAGACACAAACGCACCUCAUGCAGGACAUUCAUACAGGACUUUAUGUUGUGUCUAGUUGGAUAAAUCUCACUGAAGUCACAAACUCCUCUCUGACGUUCAUACUGCACAACAAACCCCUGGGACAAGACAUCAGGAGAGAGAUCCAGCUCUACUCGGAUAAGAGUGAGAGGCAAGGAGAGUCAGCAUACAGAUGCCAUGGAUGCUUCAUAUUGAUCCCUGUUAUUCUGCUGCUGCUGAUCGUGAUGAGUGUAUUGUUUGUGUUCAUUACAAAAAGAAGAAGAGAACAUACCAAACUAAAUGGCUCUACGGAAGUGGGACACUUUUCUGAAAUUCAAAUUCCUAAUAUAAAAAGUUCAAUAUGUCUAUGAAGGUUAUGUUACAAAACCACUUAAACUAAGUUAUAUAUUAUGAAACUUAUGAAAGAUGUUCUAUGAUUUGCAAGACAGACAUGUUUUUUAUAUUGAAUGAAAUAUAGUUAUAAUGUACAGUACACACAUUAUUUUCUAACCUUGGCAGCUUUUAAUAAAUAAUAUAAUUCAUUAGUGUUACAUGACACGGAUCCCUUACAUUAUGUAACAUUUCAAUUCAACAUUUCAUCAUUGGUGCUAAACAGUCUUUUAACAGACCCAAAAUAAAUUCUAAAUAGAAUUUGUCACUCAUGACAUGUUCUGUGAAGCAUUGUUGAUUUUCUACAUUGCAAAAUUGAGAUUGAGAUCACUUCCAUUAGUGUUCCAUUUAAUAUUCAUGAUUGUGUUGAGUUCAUUGCAGUACAUUAACAGCAUGUUUGCUUCACUAUUUAUUGAAUAUGUUUUCUGUUUCUGUAGUUUUUUAGUGUUUUUCUUUUUUUUUUACUGUAAACUACAUUGUAUUGAGAUUUCAAUUGGUAUGGACUGUGUAAAAUCAUUAGUGAUAGUAAUAUUCCAAAUGUUCUGUUCAUGAUAGUCAUACUUGCACCUGUAAUAGGUUUAUCUUAUUACACUGACAAAACACUGCAGAAAAAAAUAAAAUACUUGCAAAGUAUUUCACCAGUGUUGUUUCACAGAUCACGACUGUACAUGUACAUCUAGCUUUUUUCUUUAUAAAAAAAUCAUGUUGGUUUGUGCUAACGGAAACCAAAUCAAAUGGAAUUGUUCCAGGAAUAAUGGAAGUACACACAAUUAGUUCAUUCAAAUUUACAACCAUUACAAGUCCUGUAGAGAUUAUCACACACAUGAAAAGGUCAGUGUGGGUGAGGAACACAAAAUGUCUUUUUAUAUCCACAACUGAUACGAUGUUAAAAGGCAUUCCACUGAAUAAUAAUAUUUUGUCUGACUUUAUCCACAAGUCUUGAAAUGUCAUUGUAGAGGCAGUAGGACCAAACACGUGCCCAUGAAGACUCAUAAUGACAUGAACAGCUUCUAAGGAUCACAAUUAACAGGAUGUUCUGAUUCAAUCAUUACCAUGGAGACCAUGUAACAAAAGGAAUUUAAUCUCUCUUUUAAUAUC